AUGGACUGCGUGUUUGACGGACCCGAUCGGGGAUUCUAUAUAAAGUCUGCCCGGGGUCGGGGCGGCCCAGUUCAGGAUAUCCAGGUCAAAAACAUUAAGAUGACCAACAUCAAAAAGGAGUUUAUAAUGAUGGACAUGACUUACCCGGAUAACUACCCAAAGGAAAUAAAGGCCGAAACCUUUAAGAAGACAACUCCGGUAUAUAAGGACAUCACAAUCGACGGCAUAACGGGUGACGCGAAAAACUCCAUCAGCAUAACCGGCCUCCCGGAGUCGCACAUUGAAAAUGUCAAAUUCAUGAAUAUAGAGUACACGUCCCACCAUGAUGAUGGCGGAAUGCAAAGUUGGGAAUCCGAACCCGUUGGGAACCCGGGCCCGCCCAACCCGUACGGGUUUCGGACGGGUUUGGGCUCAUGUGUGACUGGGCCGGGUUGGGCC